AUGAUGGAUUCAUCUGGUUAUGGCUUGACGAAGUAUUUGCAAAAACUCAGUGAUGAAGAGUUCCAGAGAUUUAAGGAACUUCUAUGGAAAGAGCUAGAGAAAUUUAAACUCAAACCUAUCUCCUGGACUAAGAUUGGGAACACGUUCAAAGAAGACCUGGUAAUGAAAUUGAACACACAUUAUCCAGGAAAGGCAUGGGAUAUAGUGUUGAGCCUGUUUCUACAAGUCAAUCGGGAAGACCUUUCAAUCAUGGCUCAGCAGGAAAGGAGAGAGAAACAAUCUAAGUACAAAGAAUUUAUGAAGAAUACAUUUCAACACAUAUGGACAUUUGAGACCCACACUCAUAUACCUGAUAGAAGCUACCACGCAAUUAUAAAACUCCAGUACAGAACAUUGAAGGGCAUAUUUAAUUCUCAGUCAGAGCCAGUCACUGCAUUUGUAUCAGGUCCUAGAGGAGGAGGUAAAACUAUUUUCUUAAGAAAAGCAAUGUUGGAUUGGGCAUCAGGAAAUUUAUUGCAGAACCGAUUUCGAUAUGUUUUCUUCUUCUCUGUCUUCUCACUUAACAAUACCACAGAGUUAAGCUUAGCUGAGCUUAUCUCAAGUAAGUUGCCUGAGUCUUCAGAGACACUAGAUGACAUUUUAUCUGAUCCAAAGAGAAUCUUAUUUAUCCUGGAUGGAUUUGAUUACCUGAAAUUGGACUUGGAACUCAGGACAAACUUGUGCAAUGACUGGAGAAAGAGGCUGCCAACACAAAUCGUCUUGAGUAGUUUGCUACAGAAAAUAAUGCUCCCAGAAUGUUCUCUGCUUCUUGAAUUGGGAAACUCAAGCUAUUCAAAAAUUUUUCCUUUGCUGCAGUAUCCAAGGGAUAUAAUUACUUCACCAUUUUCUGAACAGACUAUAGAAUUCUAUUGCGUGUCCUUCUUCAAUACCCAGACAGGCAUAGAUGUCCUUGAGAAUUUAAGGAACAUUCAUUCAGUGUACAGUUUAUGCGCCAAUCCUUUUCUAUGCUGGAUGAUCUGUAGCUCUUUAAAGUGGCAGUAUGAGAGGAGACAGGUAGUGAAACUUUUUGGUAAAACAGUAGCAUUGGUCUACUCAGUAUUUAUGGUGAGUGGAUUCAAAUCAAUAUUUGCCAGGAAUCCAUCUAAACAAAACAGGGCCCUAUUAAAGACCCUGUGCACCUUGGCUGCAGAAGGAAUGUGGAAAAAGGUGUCUGUGUUUGACUCUGAGGACCUCAGGAGGAACAGGAUAUCUGAAUCAGAUAAGACAGUGUGGCUGAGAAUGAAUUUUUUACAGAAUCAAGGUAACAACAUUGUGUUUUAUCAUUCUACACUACAGUGGUACUUUGCUAUCCUGUUCUAUUUUCUCAAACAAGACAAAGACAAACAUCACCCAGUUAUUGGAAGCCUACCUCAACUUCUAGAAGAAAUCUAUACUCAUAAACAUAACCAGUUGUUCCAGACACGGAUAUUAUUGUUUGGAAUUGCCACUGAGAAAGUUGCCUCCUUGCUUGAACCAUGCUUUGGCAUUAUGUCAAUCAAUGAAGUAAGACAGGAAAUUAUUAGAUACUUUAACAGUCUCAGUCAACAAGAGUACAAUGAGAAACUGGUACAUCCCCGGACUUUGUUCUUCUGUAUACUUGACAACCAGGAGGAAAGUUUUGUAGGACAAGUGAUGGAACGAUUUGAAGAAAUUACUAUCGAUAUUAGUGAUGUUGAUGAUUUGUCAGCAGCUCGGUACUGUCUGCAGAGAACACCAAAAUUAAAAAAUCUUCACCUGCAUAUACAAAGGAGAAUUUUUACAGAAAUCAAAGACUUUAAACAUGAUAACUUAGAACUAUGCAAAAAAAUUAUAGACACACAGUGGACUAUGCUCUGUAAUGUUUUUCGGAACUUGCAUGUGUUGGAUCUAGACAGCUGUCAUUUCAAUAAAAAGGCCUUAAAGGAUCUCUAUAAUUCAAUGUCUCCAUCUCCUCUGGCUCAGACAGUUUCUAAGCUCCGCAGCUUGUCGUGUUCCUUCAUGACUUACUUGGGAGACGGCUCAUUUUUUCACAUCCUUCUUCAGCUACCUCACCUGAAAUAUCUGAACCUUUAUGGCACUAAUCUCUCUAAUGUGGUUGAGGUGUUAUGCUCUGUUCUGGGCUGUUCAAGAUUCAACGUUGAGGAGCUAUUGUUGGGAAAAUGUAACAUAUCAAGUGAGAAAUGUGGUAAAAUUGCUACUUCCCUUAUCAACUCUAAGGUGAAACAUCUCUCAUUGGUUGAAAAUCCCUUGAAGAACAAAGGAGUGAUGUCACUGUGUGAAAUGCUGAAGCAUUCAAGCUGUGUCCUGGAGACAUUGAUGUUGUCUUCCUGCUGUCUCACAUUCAUUGCCUGUGGCCAUCUCUAUGAAGCCCUUUUGAGCAACAAACACCUCUUGAUGCUUGAUUUGGGGUUAAAUUUCCUGGAAGAUACUGGAGUGAACCUUCUGUGUGAAGCUUUGAAAGACCCAAACUGUAUCCUCAAGGAGUUAUGGUUGUCGGGUUGCUUUUUAACUUCAGAAUGCUGUAAAGAGAUAUCUGUUGUCCUUACUUGCAAUAAAAAUCUAAAGACCUUGAAACUGGGCAACAAUAACAUACAAGACUCUGGUGUCAAACAGUUAUGUGAAGCUCUGUGUCAUCCUAACUGUAAAUUGAAGUGUCUUGGGUUAGACAUGUGUCAGUUCACCAGUGACUGUUGUGAAGACCUAGCCUUGGCUCUCACCACCUGCAAAACAUUGAAGAGCUUAAAUCUGGACUGGAAGCCCUUGGACCACUCUGGGCUGGUGGUGCUCUGUGAGGCUUUGAAUAACAAAGACUGCAACCUGAAGAUGCUUGGACUGUACAAAUCUUCAUUUCCUGAGGAAUCACAGACAUUACUGCAAGAUGUUGAAAAGAAAAAUAACAAUCUGAAUAUUUUGCAUUUUCCCUGGGUUGAAGAGGAACGCAAGAAGAGGGGCAUUCGUCUUGUAUGGAACAGCAAGAAUUGA